AUGGGAAAAAAACGGAGUGAUAGAUUUUCACUUCUAGAUUUUAAUUGUACUCAAGAAUGUCAAGGUAAUUACUUUUAUACAUGUGGAAAUGCGAAAAAUUCAACAUUAUAUUCAAUGUAUGUCGAAAAUCCAAAAUGUCCUAGUAAUUUUCAACUUAGUAAUGAUAAACAACGAUGUGUACAAAGGGAUUUUUUAGUAAAGAAAAAUUCUUCUUCAACUGCACAAUCUUAUUGUAAAUCUAUUGGUGGUGUACUUGCAAAAAUAAAUGAUAUUUUAGAAAUUCAAGAUCUAAUACCCGAAUUAACAUUAACUACAAAUUAUUUUAAUGGAUAUCCAUUUUCUUAUACUUCAAAUGCAUUUAAUAUGACAAAAUAUUUUUGGAUUGAUCGAACAUCGGAUAUCAUAAAUGAUAAUAUAAUAUUAGAUCGUUCUAUUAGAAAAUGUUUUCAAACAUCAAAAUCAAUUGAUCAAAAUUGUAUUGUUCUUCGUCGUGAAAAAAUUCUCAUUGAUAA